AUGCACGGCGUUGCCACGACCGUGCACACGGACGUGGUUCUCCUGCGAUCGCAUCACUCCUACUCUGCCCGACCACGGCUCCACAUGGGCAAGGACCAGCGAGGCAAAUGGCAGCAACCACAAGGUGGAUAUGGUGGCUGGCAACAGGACUCAUGGUCCGGCAAGGGCUAUGGCAAGGACCGGCCGCAGCAGCCCCGCAAGCCCAAGGAGAACAAGCCCGAAGCUGUGCAGUUCCCUACUUUGGAGAUGAUGACGGCACCGAGCAAGAAGGCAGGCAGCUCCCGGCGGCCGACCGAGGAAGAGGACAGCGAUGGGCAAAGCACAUCCAGGCUGGACCUGGAUAAGGAGGAGGAUGACCCCGAGGAGGACUGUGAUGACAGCAGCUCAACCAGGGUACCGGACAGUUGGACUACGCAGCCAGUGCCGUGGUCGCUAGAGUGGUUUCGGCCAUCCCUUGAUGGACUCCCUUUGAAGCCGGCUACUACAGCAGCCCUUGCCCAGACCAUCAGUUGCGAGGAGUUACUGUCGCGACCUCGAGACCCGGGUGAACUGGAGGUCCAUCUCUAUACUGAUGGAUCGGCGGCUGCUGGUCACAGCCGUAGUGGCUAUGCUGUGACGAUACUUCUACGACUUGGAGUAUUUGCUGCAGUUUUUGGCCUGUUGGGUGAGCAGUUGAUUGGACGAGAAGGCUCUCUGUGGCCGCUUGAGGCCCCAGCUGCCCUGCGGUCAGAACAGAUUGCUCUUGUCGCUGCGAUGCUUUGGGUCCUGCAAUUUCGGGCCUUUGUCUCUGAGCUGAACUGCACAAUUUUCUUUGAUUGUAUGGCUGCUGGCUAUGCCACAAACGGCCGAUGGCAGGCGCCAGACCAGUUCGGAGUCCAGGCCCAUUUGUUGGAGAUGUUCCUACGCGAGCAGCCUGGAGUGACUAUCCAUAUGGAGCACGUCAAAGGCCACAGCGGUGAUCCCUGGAAUGAAUUGACCGAUGUGGCAGCCAAGGCAGCUGCAAAUGGUGUCGGCCACUUUGGAUGUGUACCAGAGGAGGUUGGCCAUGAAUUCUUGAGCCUAGAUCUCUCAUGGCUCGCAGCAGAGGUCAGGGCCCGGAGAGACAGUGCCUUGCCUAUCAAGAAAGGCUGUCUCGAAUGGGGAGAGUUUGUCGAUGACGGAUACCGCCUUGCCCCGGGUUUGGUGGGACCUUACCUGGAAGCCCAGCUCGACAUCGCGGACUUCAAUGUGGUGAUGUUCCAGGAAACGAAAACUGGGACCAAGGGCAUGAUGUGCUAUGGCGGCAAGCCGCUCCUCGUUGAUGAACAUGACAUUACUGUCGUGGAAGAGGGCCCUCGAUUGCUGAUUCUCAAGGUCGCUGCUGCUGGCAUCCGUUUCAUGAACGACCUCGAUAAGAGCUUCCGGGGCUUUAAAGGAGCGGAUCUUGUUCUUUGCGGCGUGGACCUCAAUGGCAGGUUGCCAUGUGGCAUUGAGGGAGCUACUGGAGAUAGAGAGGCAGGGAAGCCGGAUGCGAUCGGAAGGCAAUUCGCCCAGCUUCUAACCAAGUACAAGCUUUGGGCGCCCUCAACAUUCAGCCACCUACACCAUGGUGAGGACAAUACCUUCGUCCACCCUACGGGCAGCCAGCAUCGAAUCGACUACAUGAUUGUUGGAGGUGGUGCUGCUUGCCUUCGUGCUGAAAGUGCGGUCUACGUCGAUUUUGACACAGGGGCUCCGCGGGAGGAUCACAGACUUGUUGGUGUUUCCCUGCAUGGUAUUUGCCGUGGGACUGUGAAUCGAGCAAGUUUGUGUCGCCCUGCCUACGACCGCGAAAAGAUUAUGUCCGAGGAAGGACGACGACUGCUGGAGCAAGCCUGCCAGGACUUUGUGCAACCGGAUUGGACGGUCUCCCCUGACAGCCAUUGCCAGAUGAUCCAGCAGAUGCUCCAUGCAAUGUUGCAACGGCACUUCCUUGUCGACAGGACCUCGGGCAGAGCCUCUUUCAUGCCGCCCGAGGUGUGGAAGGUGCGGGAAGCUAGAUUAAAGCUCAAGAAGGCCACGAGAGGACGCCUGACUCUAUGGCUUGACCUGGUUGCUUGGGCAUUUCGACAACUACGUGACCAAGUCGACCGCGGCAUGGUUGAAGUAGUCAUGCAAGUAGUCAACAGGCAAGGCCUGUUGUAUCAGGUCUCAGCUGCGGCUAUACGCUUCGCAGCUAUGCGAAUCAAGCGAGGCCUUGCCCAGGCCCGGCAGGCUUUCAUACGGACCAUGUUGACGGAAGGUCACCAAGGGUCCUCCCAAGUCCUUCGCCGAAUCAAGAAAGCUGGGCUCGGUGGGAGCAAGGCGAGAGCUCGGUGUAGGCCGCUCCCGGCUCUCCUGCAACCGGGCACUGGUUUACAAGUUGGGGACCGAGCUGGAUACGACCAGGUCUGGCUCGAACACUUUGGUGCCCAGGAGCAGGGCACGAUAGUCGCCAUCGGGGACUUCAUCGAGGAGGCUGCGACCCCGAUUCCCUGUGAUGAAGUCGGCUGGAGUCUCAGCUAUCUGCCGAGCCGGAUCGAGGUGCAGAAUUUGCUCAGGGCCGUUCCCAGAGGAAAAGCUGCAGGCUUGGACAAUGUGCCGGGAGAGGUAUUGGCCUCUGCACAUGUGGGAUUGACGCCGAUCCUGCACGCCCUGUAUACCAAGGCAAUGGUGCUCGCGAAGCAACCCACGCAGUGGCGUGGAGGCAUCUUGUAUGAGGCAUACAAGAAUGCUGGUGCCUCAAAUGAUGUGGCCAAUUUUCGGAGCUUGUUCGUGAGCAGUACUGUUGGUAAGUGCUACCACCGGCUUAUCAAGAACAAAGUCCACGAACAGACGCAGGGUUCCCUUCACCCAUUGUAUUGCGGCCCACGACAACGAGCUCCUGUGCUCUUCCCGGAGCUCUACAUCCUGUCGCAUGUGAGGCGGUGCUGCAAGCAAGGGCUCAACUAUGCUGUGUUGUAUUUGGACACCAAAAGUGCGUACUACAGCAUAGCCAGAGAACUGGUCACAGGUGACAUUCGUCGAGACUCCACCGUCAUUGAGAUUUUUCGGCGUUUCAAUUUGGGUCCGGAGGCUCUACAGGAGCUGAUGACGGCUGUUGCUGACGAAGGGGCGAUGGCGGAGGCUGACGUGCCGGCUGCUCUGCAGCAAACGGUGCGAGAUCUGCACCACUGUACGUGGUUUACCACGCGGUACACUGAUGGCGCCCGGGUCUGUCAGACCCUAAGAGGCUCGCGCCCAGGUGAGUCCUUUGCCGACACCAUCUUCGCCUACAUCUACAGUAAGAUCCUUUGUGCCAUCUACGAAGCAGCGACGGCGGAGGAUCUCGCAUUUACCCUGCCACUUGACCCAGAGACUGGGCCUUUCGGCAGUGCUGGAGGUUCCUCUGAGCAACCUUCCUGGGAUGCUACGUGGGCCGACGACAGCGCCUUCCCGACGGCCGCCGAGGACAGUGAGGUGCUACUACGAAAGAUCACCCGCCUCACGGCUGUGGUUCUGGGCACAUGCCAGGCCCACUGCCUUGAGCCCAACAUGAAGGCCGGGAAAACCAGCCUCAUGAUUGGGCUUCGUGGCAAAGGCUCUACCAGGGCAAAGCGUCGAUACUUCGCUGGUGGAUCCCCGGUCCUACAGAUUGAGGAGAUUGGAGCGGCGGUGCAUGUCGUCCCACAAUACCGACAUUUGGGAGGCUACUUGGACACCCGCAAUUUGAUGAUGGUUGAGGCCAGGCAUCGUAUUGCCAUGGCCACUCAAGCCUACGACGCUUCAGCUAAGCUCCUCCUCAACAGAAGAGACUUGGAUAUGUCGGUCAGGGCCGGCAUCUUGCACUCUGUUGUCACGGCCUCAUUCUUCAAUAUUGCCUUGUGGGUUGAGAAGGGUAAAGCUUGGGCCGUCCUCGAGAAUGCCUACUCCAGACUGGUGAGGCGUUUGCUGUGUACUGUGGUGCGGGGAGAGCGGCUCUUUCGGGUUGUUCCGCAGCUGGCACACAUUGCUACGGGCUGCUGGAAACUACGUUUCGUGGCCAGAAGGGCGAGGCUUAGUUUCCUUGCCUCACUCGCCCAAAGUGGACCUGAUCUGCUAUGGGCUGCGUUGCAGAAUGAGGGUGAAUGGCUCCAACAAGUUUGCGGUGAUCUACGCUGGCUUGUUGGCCAGGAUCGAGCCAUAUGGCCCGAAGCAGCCCAUGACCAGGAAUGUGGCAAUGACCUGGUCUUGGUUUGCCACUGGGCGAUGCUCAGAGCCCUCCGCCGACAUGAACCCCAGGCGGUCGCCCGGAGUGUAUGGAGAUGCUGGGCCUGCGAGGUGACCUUCAGUACAAAGGCCAAGCUGAGUGUCCACCUCUUCAAGACGCAUGGAAGGGUCGCGGCUUAUCGGCAGUUCCUCCAUGGAACGAUUUGUGAAGCCUGUGGUAAGCAGUUCUGGUCUGGAAGGCGACUGGCAGCUCACCUCCGGGCUUCAAGGCCGUGUGUCAGCACCUUGCGGCGGCAGCGACGUCCGGUUGAAAAUGUGCAACCGGGUUUCGGCAGUCGAGCGAUGAGGAAGGACGAUGUGGAGAACUACACGCUGUCCGCUCCGGAGUUGCACUUCAUGCCGAUUGCUGGCGAAGGAGAAGAUCGGUGGUUUGGGCCCCAGAAGCAGUUCUAUGAGGCUGUGUGCGAUGCCGCCUUCAGCGCGGGCUCCGGUGGCGAGUUUAGGUCGCGGCUAUUAGCUGCGGUCAAGGCGUUCCCUGUCUACCCGACCGAGAUCAGCGAGGUCUUGGAGGUCCUGCUUGAUGAGAUUGUGGCGGUGAACAACAGCCACGAGGACCGACAGUGGGAUGCGACCACCGUUGAGGAGAUGCUGUUGGCGUGCAAGGAGAUAGUUUCUGGUACCCGAGUUGAGGUUGUCAUCGCUCCCAAUGAGGUUACUAGUGACGCCUUUGAUGAGUUCCAGAAGAACUACCACGACAUUGGCUGGCAGAGUGAGGUUGCUUGUAGGCUAGCCUCGCACGGGACCCGGGCGUGUACUUUGUUUAUCCUGCCGACCCUCUGGGAAGCUGAAUGGAGGAAGGUUAGGGAAGGACUCGCUUUUUCAGCCGUGCUUGAUGAGCCAUUGGAGCUUUUGCCGAAGCCCCUCAAAGAGGCAUGGCUCGAGAUAGCCGCCGGCAGACCAGUCAAGAUCAGGGCGCCUUCGGCGUUCUGGGGCCACCCUCUGGCCGGGCCUUUCGGCCCAUGUAAAGAGGCUGUGCACAGUAAUUAG